UUCUCAGCGUAACUGUCUGAGGGAGGUGGGAAAUGUAUGCGAGGGGCGGGGGGAAGAAAAACCUUCUCCAAAAAUACUAAAAAGAAAGCGUCCCACUUGGCCGCGGGUGCGCGGGAAGUUCCGCGCGCGAGUUCCGGGUUUCCCGCCGGCCGCCAGCCCGGGUGAGCCCCCAGCCCCGCUCGGCCGCAGCCUGCUGGGCCGCGUCCGUCGGUCGGUCCGCUUCCCCUGCCCCCACCCGCCCAUUCUCAGGCGCCGCGCGGGGCCGGCCGCGCCGAGAGUGGCCGGGUUUGUCAGCGCGCCCGCAGCCCGCGUUGGCCCCGGCCGCGCCUCGGCCGCUGCGCUUGCACCGCUCGGCCCGGGCGGGUUCGGGUCUCGCCGGGCCCUGCGCCCUCCGCCCGCGCGGCGCGGCCGGAGCCGCCGCCUCCAGCGCCACUUGUGGAGUUCUUCCCCCGGCGGCGGUAACUUUACACUAGCCUGAGAGAGGCCUGCUUUUAUGCAGAAACCGGCGACCAGAGUCUAUGGAGGACGCUCCGCUGGAGGGCCAGCCCGCCACUUGAGGAUUUCUCCCAGAUUGGUGGGGAAGGAACGUCUUGCCCUACGAGCCUUUCUCUGAGAUUUCAGAAUCCUGCGGCCAUCAUACAAUUAGAGCGGAAUUGGUUGCUCGCGGGGGCGGGGAGCUUUGGGAUCAGCUGUUGCCCUAACCUGGCGGAGCCGACGCCGAACCCCACCUCUCGGCCUCUGAGCCCUGAGACCAUCACGCAAAGCCCGGCCCAGACCGUGCCCUGGUCACCUUCCUGCUGGAAUCGUUCCAAGAGCUGUUAGGGACAGGCUCGCUCACGGUGGGGAGGAGCAAAGAGAUGAAUGUAGCAGCCAAGUACCGCCAGGCAUCCCUGUACGUGGGUGAUCUCAAUGCAGAUGUCACGGAGGACCUGCUGUUCAAAAAGUUCAGCACCGUGGGGCCUGUGCUGUCCAUCCGCAUCUGCAGGGACCUGGUCACCCGCCGCUCCCUGGGCUAUGCCUACGUGAACUUUCUGAAGCUGGCUGAUGCCCAGAAGGCCCUGGACACAAUGAACUUUGACAUGAUAAAAGGCAGACCCAUCCGUCUCAUGUGGUCUCAACGUGAUGCCUACUUAAGGAAAUCUGGCAUUGGGAACGUGUUCAUCAAGAAUCUGGACAAAUCUGUUGAUAACAAAACCCUUUAUGAACAUUUUUCAGCUUUUGGGAAGAUCCUGUCCUCCAAGGUGAUGAGUGACGAUCAAGGCUCUAGGGGCUAUGCAUUUGUGCACUUCCAGAACCAGAUCGCGGCCGACAGGGCCAUCGAGGAGAUGAAUGGGGCCCUGCUUAAGGACUGCAGGCUGUUUGUUGGCAGAUUCAAGAACCGGAAAGAUCGGGAAGCCGAGCUCCAAAACAAGGUCAAUGAAUUCACCAAUGUUUACAUCAAAAACUUUGGAGAUGACAUGGAUGAUGAGAGACUGAAGGAAGCUUUUGGUAAAUAUGGCAAAACCCUGAGUGUUAAGGUGAUGACAGAUUCCAGUGGGAAAUCCAAAGGCUUUGGCUUUGUGAGUUUUGAUAGCCAUGAGGCUGCCAAAAGGGCUGUUGAAGAAAUGAAUGGGAAGGACAUAAACGGACAGCUGCUUUUUGUAGGCCGGGCGCAAAAGAAAUCAGAGCGGCAGGCGGAGUUAAAGCAAAUGUUUGAGCAGCUGAAACAGGAAAGAUUUCGGAGAUGCCAGGGCAUGAAGCUCUAUAUUAAGAACCUCGAUGAUACCAUUGAUGAUGAAAAACUGUGGAGGGAAUUUUCUUCGUUUGGGUCAAUUAGCAGAGUCAAGAUAAUGCGGGAAGAAGGGCGAAGCAAAGGGUUUGGCUUGAUCUGCUUCUCCUCUCCUGAGGAGGCCACUAAAGCAAUGGCUGAGAUGAAUGGCCGAAUCUUGGGCUCCAAGCCACUCUACGUCGCCCUGGCCCAGAGGCCCUAGGAGAGAAAAACUUACUGCACCAGCCAGUGUUUGCAGCAGGCGUGCGAAUGAUAGUGAUCUCUGCCUUUGAAUUAUCCUCAGAAAAUUUCAAAUCCCAGCUGAUGGCCGCUUAGUUUAGUAAACUUUGUGAUAAAAGGUUUUGUAUACAAAGCUAUUUUUUCUUGUGCGGAAAAAUAAAUGAAUCUUGGAAGCUUGAUUCAUUUUACAGAGGCACAUCUUCUAAUCACAAUGUUACAUAUUUCUCUGUUUUUGAUUUAGUAUUCAAAGCAAUAAGUAUAAUUAGAUAUAUUUUUAUUACAUUUUGAACCAUCUGAAGUGAGGUAAUUAUUUGAGUUUAUUUCAUAUUUUCCUUCUUAUUUUAAUAAUAUUGCUAGCUUUAAUUUCUUCUAUGAAAAUACGCUAAAAAUAGUUCUUAUACCUAAGGAUCACAAAGUAAUUUAUUUUUACAAACAGAAAUUUUCUAAUUUCUCCUCUAAGCUUUUUAAAGAAACCAAAGAUUUAAGAAUUGCUAGUAUAAAUCUAAUUUCAUUUUGAAUUAAUGUUUAAAGUACUAGGAAAUAGUUGAAUUUCUUUUGAAUUUGUAUCCUGACGUGAUUGUUUUUUUUUUGAUGGCUGAAAUUAAUGAUGGAGUUUUUUAAUGUUGCCUACAAACCUGAUUUGUAGGAUAUUUUGCUAUUCUUUCCAUUGGUAGACUAUAUAUAAUUCAUGUGCUUGCUAGUUAUCAAAACUGGGACUUGAAUAGUAAAACCUUAACUUCUACAUUCUUUAAGUUAUAAACUUUUAUCAAUAAGAUGACAAAAAGUUGGCUUGGUCUUAAUUCUCUUCAUACCUAUACAAGUUAGUAUUAUGACUUAAGUUUUUACCAGACACCAAUAUUAUAAAAGUCAUAUAUAGAGAAUAUAGAAAUUCUGUUUAACAAUUCUUUUUCAAUCUCUAUUUUAUAUUGUUCGAUGUAAUGGUAUUAUCUCAGGGUUCAGAAAAGUAUGUUUCUUUAUUUUUAUGAACUCAUAUCUCUUUUUAUUAGAAACGAGCGAUACAUAACCCAUUAAGAUUCAGUUUUAGCCUCAAUUUAUCAGAAGCUCACUAAUUUUCUGAUAAAUUGAAAUUACAUCAAUUUGCCUGUUUUCUAGAAUAAUAUUUUAGUCCCAUUCCAGACUUCCCUCUCUCGCCUACCCUUGAUCUAUAUUACUCAGCUUUGCUUUAUACUUUUUUAAAAAGGGUUUUAUUAUAUUGAUUUUUACUAUAUGCUAUUUGAAAUCCACCUUGGAAACAGAGACAAGAAUUAUUCAUUUACACUUAAAUAAUUACUUUUAAAAUUCUGUUUUACCAAAGGUGUCUGGAGAAUAGCUUUGCUGUUCUUGUUGUUGCUAUUUUAUUUUAUUUUAUUUUAAUCUUAUUUUUUUUUUUUACUCUGCUUAGAGGUUUCCUGUAACCAUAUAUUAAAGUCUUCUAUUUCUUAUAUUACCAGUACAAAAGAUAUAUUAAAAGAUUUUCUUUGGCAAUACUUUAGCUAUGAAAGAAUGAGAAAAUCUGUUUCUGUUUAUUUUUGUAUAGACUAUAUGUUUAUUCAUGGCACAUUUUCUAAAUUAAAAGUCUCUUUUAGACAAUGAAAAAAUUAUGGACAAUGAAAAACUUACAGCAACAUAUAAUACUAUUAUGCAGACAAAUCUUCUGUUAAAAUUUGUUGCAUAUCCUCCCAAUUUUUUAUACAUAUACACAUAAUUUAACAAAAAUAGAAUCAUUAUAACCUUAUUACAAAUUACUUUUUUUAAUUUUAUAAUAUGCCAUAUCAAUUUCCAUAUCCACAAAUAAUUAUUUGCAUUAUAAUUUUAAUGACUUUUAUUCCUUCAAUGUUUGUACUAUAAUAUAAUGAAUUUCCUCUUGAUAUGGAUAAAGGUUGUUAGAUUGUUUCCUACCCUCCCCUUUUUUUCUUCUGUCAUAAACAACUGGGAGAUAAACAUCCUUGCAAAUUUAUGUAUGCUGAUAUAUCCAGUUAUUUUCUUAAGAAAAUGUAUAAUUCAUUGGAAUUAAUGUUUAAAGGGGCAGUAGUUUUAAAAAUAAUUUUGAUAAAUAUUGCCCAAAUGCUCUCCAGAAAACUUGCGCCAUUUCCAUUUCCAUUUUCUGUGUGGAGGGCUGCCCAUUUCCAUAUACUCCAAGAACAAGAGAUUAUUUUGUUUAAGGUGUUAGCCAAUUCAAAAUGAUACAUAAAGCAAAAUAUUUCAUGGUUACUUUUUUUUUUUAUUACUACAAAAGUUAAAUACCAUUUCUUGUGUUUGUUGGCCAUCUGUGUUUUCAUAUUUAUGAAUUAAUGUUUCAUGAUCUUCAUCUGUUUUCCUUUUGGGUUGUUUUUAUUUGUACGGAUUUGUUACAUUUCUUUACGUAUUAAGAACAAAAGUUUAGACUUUUUUCCCCAAUAUUCUCACUUUGUUUAUAGUUUUGAGGGUCAUUCCAAAGUUAAAUUUAAACUCAGAAAUUUCAGUCUUUUACUUAGAAGGUUUUGAUGUUAUGAUUCAAAACACUUUGAACAACUCAAAUACACACACACGCACAAUUAAUCUGUAUCGUCUUCUACUACUUUCAGAGUUUUCUUUCUCAAUAAUUUCUAAGCAAAACUUUUGUCUGUGAAGUAUCUUAUCCACAGUUGUAGUAAAUCUCUUAAAAGUAUCUUGCUUUUCAAGCUUUAUUAAUAUGUUUGGUAAACACCUACCUCCUGUAAGAAUCCAUGUGACACUCAUAUGCCAACUUGAAUACAUUGGACCUUUGAAUCACUGUGUUGAGAAGUAUUUACCUCAAAAGCAGAGAGUUUUUAAGAAGACUGGGCAAUAGGACUGGGAAAUGUAGUAGGUGUGUCAAGCCUUGACAUCUCUUUCUGGCUAAGCCAGUCUAUCAAAGUGUUCAAAUAUUUGAACAAUAUUUCAUAAUGCUUGUAAAUGGAUUGUUAAGAUAAUAUCAGGGAACUGAGUGCUAUGUGCACAAGGAAUUAAUAGGACAUAAUAUCAGAUGUCUAGAUGAAUUGUAGCUGUAGCUUCAUGACACAGUAUUCUAUCAUUUUAGUAGAAAUUGCUUAUUUUUAUAUUUACCGUAAGAAAUGACAAAGUAACUUUAUAAAAAAAAAUAUAAUCCUGUGGAUUUUCUUGAUUAAUUUAUUUGAAUUUUGCUCAUUUUCAAUUUUGUGUGUGUGAUAAUGUCAAGUCAUCCUAGUUGGCAGUACAGGUUCAUUCUUUGAAGAAAAUUUAAUCAUUAUGCCCAAGUGCCUUGAUAAAUAAGAAGAAUCUUUACUUUUCUGAUAAGCAUUCCAGUAAGAGCUAAUUUACAUAGAUGCCUUGAGCCACUGCUUCUAUUCUUGCCUUCCUCUACCUACAGAUAUUGCCAAGUUUGUUGUAGAUACCUGCUGGCAUGCAUCGCCAAUUCAAUAAAUGUGCCUUCUAACAUUUACCUAAACAUAAAAAAAUUUCUAAAUAUUUUUAAAUUUUUAAAUGAAAAUCUUUAGUUAGUAAAAAGAAACAUUUUAAAGUGGUUUAGAAUUGGUAAUUUCAGGGCCUCUGGGUGGCUCAGUCGUUAAGCAUCUGCCUUCGGCUCAGGUCAUGGUCCCGGGGUCCUGGGAUGGAGCCCCGCAUCGAGCUCCCUGCUCCGCGGGAAGCCUGCUUCUCCCUCUCCCCCUCCCCCUGCUUGUGUCCCCUCUCUCACUGUGUCUCUCUCUGUCAAAUAAAUAAAAUCUUAAAAAAAAAAAAAAGAAUUGGUAAUUUCAUUUUCUCAAUAUUUUAUAAUAAACCCAUCGAGAAAAGAUCAAAUAAGGUUUAAUCUUGCAAUGGUAAAGACAUGUCUAAAAAUGAUUUUUUAUUUAAUUUUUAAGUAUUUCUAAUUUUCUAAAGAUCACUUUGUCUUAGGAAUAAACUGAAAACAACUUGCAUUUUUAAAUCAAGAUAUUCUUAUUUCAUGUUUUAAAACACCAACUUCCUUAUGAACUAAUAUUUCUUUUACAGUCACUCACAAUUAUGGGACCAUGAUUGAAAAGAGCCACUAAUAUAGAUCAAGUUUUCAUGAGGAAUAAUUGACUAUUUUUUAAAAAGAUUUUAUUUAUGUAUUUGACAGAGAAGAGAGAGCACAAGCAAGGGGAGUGGGAGAAGAAGAAAAGGUUCCCUGCUGAGCAGGGAACCCAACGCCAGGCUGGAUCCCAGAACCCUGAGAUCAUGACCCAAGCCCAAGACAGACGCCCAACUGACUGAGCCAUGCAGGCGCCUCAAUAAUUGACUAUUUAAUUGUUAAAGUAAAAUUCAGCUAACAUGUUGAGGAUUUGGAAUUAGCUUACUUGUAUUUGGAAAAUAUGCCUCCUAAUGUAAUUUUUUUAAAAAAACAUAGAUAAAACAUUAGAUAAAAAAGAUUUUUUUAAUCUACAUUUUGAAGAGUAGAACAAAUUAAAUAUCCUUAUGAUAUCUUUGGCUAACAGAAAAUUCCAAUUCACACUAGAAACGGAAAUUUUAACUAACAAAAUAUUCAGUUUAAAUAUUUUCAGGCAUAGUAUACUAAGACUUCUGUAACAUUUUGGAGUCUCUUGGCUCUUCCUCCCUGCCCCCCCCAUCUCAGCUUUAUUAUCAGGCAAGUGGCAAGAUGGCUGUAGGAAUUUCUGUCAUCAUACUGAGACACAACAACAUUCAGAAGGUGAUAUCUUUUCUAGAAACCUUUUAACAACUUUCUGCCUCAGUUCUUAUUGUCCAUUAUUGGUAUAGAGAUUAAACAAGAUCUGCCACUAGAAUUGAAGAAGUAAUCAACUUUCUUUUUUUUUUUUAAGAUUUUGUUUAUUUAUUUGAGAGAGAGAGAGAGAGCACAUGAGACGGGUGGAGGGUCAGAGGGAGAAGCAGACUCCCCGCCGAGCAGGGAGCCCAAUGCGGGACUCGAUCCCGGGACUCCAGGAUCAUGACCUGAGCCGAAGGCAGUCGCUUAACCAACUGAGCCACCCAGGCGCCCAACUUUCUAAGUUCUGGGCAGAAUACACUUACGACAGGAAGAUAGAAGAGUAAAAAUGGAUGUAGGAGUAUGCAUCCACUAAACCCUGGAUAUUUUUUACUUAUAUCUAAUUUUGAAUUUCAGUACUUAUUUGAUAUUUUCUUCCUUCUUUUAACUUGUGCUUCCAAACAGUUCUUUUUUUUUUUUUUUAAUGUUUUAUUUAUUUAUUCAUGAAAGUCAGAGAGAGAGAGAGGCAGAGAGAGAAGCAGGCUUCCCCCCUAGCAGGGAGCCCGAUGUGGGACUCAAUCCUAGGACCCUGGGAUAAUGACUGAGCCGAAGGCAGACGCUUAACCAUCUGAGCCACCCAGGCACCCUCAAACAGUUCUUAAAAUUCCAUUUUCUCCCUACAAAUAGUUUUGACAUGAGUCAAAAGGUGAUUUUUUUUCUACCUCAAAUUGAACAGUCUUAAAGGACAAAUUAUGCAAUGUAUUCUGUAUAAAAUUAAAUUCAUUUUUGUUUGGUAACAGGACUCGUGUUUCUACAUAUCAAACUCUAUUAGGUCUAAAUUAAGCAUCUGCUGAAAAUUCUAACUGAAAAGGUUAGAUUCAAUUUAGUCACCCAAAUGGGUUUCCACCAAAAAUAAUUGUCAAGAGAUUACAAUUGGUUUCUUAGAGUAAUACUUGAAAAUAAAUCUACAUCUAAUAGGCAUUGGUUUCUUGAGUUUUACUAUAAGGUAGUCUAAGCUAAAUAUGUUUUCAUGCAUGCUCACAUUUUAGAACCAUACCACCAGAGAGAAGAGACUCUUAAUUUACUGUGUAUACAGGCAUACCUCAUUUUACUGUGCUUCACAGAUACUGUGUUUUUUACAAAUUCAAGGCUCAUGACAACCCUGCAUCGAGCAAGUCUACUGGCACCAUUUUUUCCAACAGGAUCUGCUCACUUGGUAUCUCUGUGUCAUAUUUUGGUAAUUCUUUCAAUACUUCAAUUUUUUUCAUUAUUAUUAUAUUUGUUAUGGUGAUCUGUGAUCACUGUUUAUGACUUACUAAAAGCUCCGGUGGUUGGGGCUCCUGUGUGGCUCAGUUGUUAAGCGUCUGCCUUCGGCUCAGGUCAUGAUCCCAGGGUCCUCGGGGGUCUUGGGAUUGAGCCCCACAUCAGGCUUCCUGCUCAGCGGGAAGCCUGCUUGUCCCUCUUCCACUCCCCCUGCUUGUGUUCCCUCUCUCGCUUUGUCUUUCUCUGUCAAAUAAAU